AGCGUGAAGACUCCCACGGCGAUGAGCUUGCACUGCACUUUGUCCGGGACGGUGGAGUCGUUGACCAGCAAGCCCACUCUCAGCGUGCAGCCAAAGUCGUCGUCCGCCUGGAAAGAUGGCUGCUCCGGCGUUGCUCAGGAGCUCCGAACCGGCGCUGUGCCCGAGCUUCGCGGAGGUCUGCUCGUUCCUGGAGCGCUACGGAGCUGUCCUCGACCUGCCCGAGAUGACGUUCCCGCAAAUGGAGGACUACCUACGCGACAAGACGUCAGUUCCCAAACCUCUCGUAGAUCUUCACGUGAAACUGCUCCGAAAGCUCGGCAAGACCGUUACAACGGAGCGUUGGGAAAAAUACCUGGCCAAAAGUUGCCAGGAGCUGAACAGCGCCUGGGCAUGGGAGCUGGAACAGAACGGCUACCAGGACAUGUCCAUGGAGUGCAAGUCCAGCAUCCUCAAAUAUCUUUGCGAGUGCCAGUUUGACGACAACUUGAAGUUCAAAGGGGUGAUCAAUGAGGAGGAGCCGGACAAGAUGCGCCUGCAGCCCAUCGGGCGGGACAAGCAGGGCCUGAUGUACUGGUUACAGCUGGACCAGGAGCAAAACAUCCGGCUGUACACGGAGGAGCAGGACGACUUGGACGGCUCCACCUGGAGGUGCAUCGUCAGGACUCGCAACGACCUGGCUGAUGCUCUGGAGCUCCUAAAGGCCCAAGUCUUUCCCAACCUGAACCAGGACCAAGAGGAGAAACUGGCUGAGUCCGGGAGCAGCAGUCCCGCUUACAGAGAAUCAGUAGAUGAAGACGGCAAACUCCACAAGACCUCAGAGGAUGUUGCUGAUGAUGUGAAGGUUGAAGAAGAGGAGAAAGCCCUCCAACAAGUGGGAAACACGGAGCAGACGGCGAGCAUCAAGCAGGAGGCAAAGGAGGAGACCAGCGAUCAAGCGGCUCCUAUCGAUAACCACGUGAGCACCAUCACCUCCGUCAUCAAAUCAGAUUGCAGGGACGUGUCUGUCGUCAAGACGUCGGCGCCCAAGCAGGACGCAAACAAGGAAGAUGAGGCAGAGCGCGCCGUCGUCAGGAGCAGCCAACAGGCUAAGAUACCGCUGAAAAAAAGAGAGCUGAAGUUAGCCGAGAGUUACCAUGACAACCACCUCAACAACAACAACAACAACGGCGGCGGCGGCAGCAGCAUCAUAGUGUGCAAUCCCUCAGUCAUACAAAGCAAGGACACAUCAGCACCAGCUGGCGGUCAGUCAGCAGCGGCGGCCGCGCAAAACCAACCCGAGCUGACUAACGGGAGAUCGUCAAUAGUGUCGCAUCACGUGGGGGUCAUCCGUGGACCGACGUCCAACGAAGCCAAUGGCUGCAAAGCGGCAGAGGAAGAGAAGAACCUGCAGGGUUCCAACGCAAGUACGGAAAAAACCCUGGAGGUGGGACGCCAGUCGGUGCUGGUGCGGAAUGAGCCCAUCGUCGUGGAGACCGCACUCGUCGACCAAGAUGCGGACACAAGUGCCGACAAAGAAACCGAUGAAAGUGUCCUUCCGGGAGAGGCCGCUGACGUGGGCGCACAUGAACCUCAGGUGGAAAAAGAAGCGAGCCAAGAUGAACACCUGAUGGAUGUCAGUACUUUAGGAAAAGUGCAAGCAGAGUUAAAGGAAGACGACGGCGUCAAUGGCGAGCUACCGGAUCAGUCAAGCGAGAAGAGUGCCGGGGAGAAGCCGCGGCCACGAGAGGAAGCCUCCUCGGAGCUCCAGAAGGAAGGAAUUCGUUUGAAAAUUAAGAUCCCGCCUCAUCGCAGGAACAAGCUGAAGGCCAAGGCACAGCAGAAGGAGUCGUCGGAGGGGGAGGGCUCCCUCAGGAGGUCUGCCAGGAUUUCCAGUGCACAUUUGCCGUGUCAACCUCACAGGCCAAGCUCCAAGGCAGCCGAGAGCCCGAAAAAAAAGAAAGGCCAACAAAAGCAGGGCGAAGAGGCAGAAGAAGAAGUGGAAGGAGAAGAGGAGGAGGAGGAGGAGGAAGAAGACGACGACGAAGAGCAGAGUGUUGGUGCCGGCAUAGACAGAAAAGCAAAAGCUGUCGACCAAAUGAGGAAGCGCAGGGGUAAGCGGAGACAUCGGCACCCCCGCUGGUCCAACAUCAAGCGCCACAAACACAACGAAGAUGAGGCCAAUAAAGCUGCAGGAAGCAAGGAGCCCAGCGAAGGAGGAAGCCACUCGGACGACUCCUGCCAGUCCGAGGACGUUCCCAAGGAGGACGCCUGCACCCACUGCGGCCUUCCAAACCACCCGGAACUUAUUCUGUUGUGCGACUCGUGUGACAGCGGAUACCACACAGCCUGUCUCCGACCGCCACUCAUGCUCAUCCCUGAUGGCGAGUGGUUCUGCCCGCCCUGCCAGCACAAACUGCUGUGCGAAAGACUGGAAGAGCAGCUGCUGAACCUGGACAGCGCGCUGAAGAAGCGAGAGCGUGCUGAGAGGAGACGGGAGCGGCUGGUGUACGUGGGGAUCAGCGUGGAGAACAUCAUCCCCCAGGGAAAUGAGGAAGAUGAAAAGAUGCCCAAAAAAAAGGAUGCCAAGAAGAGUAAAAAUCUAGGGAGGAGGUCAACCAGAACGAGGAAGCACAUCAGUUACAGAUUUGACGACUUUGACGACGCCAUCGACGAAGCCAUCGAGGAAGACGUUGGCGACAACACUGGGGAAGGCCGCGACAUCGCCGCCGACGGGGCAUUGUCUGAACACGGCGCGGCGAGCCGCCGCCGGCCCAUGAUGCUUGCCGCGCAAAACAGGAAGCGCCGGCGUCUCAACGACCUGGAGAGCGACAGCACGGCGGCGGAGAGUGAAGACGACUUCACGCUCAGCAACAGCUCUGAGGAGGAAGAAUUUGGCGGCUCGGGGGCCGACGACGACGAUGACGAUGAGGACGGCGCCAGCUGGGACAGCGCGACGCGGCCCAAACGUUCAGCGAAAGCAGUGGCCAAACACAAAGUCGGCAGGACCAAACACAGAGUCGGGAGGCCGCCUGGACGGCGGCGCCGGAGACAUUCCUCUGAGGAAGAGGAGGAGGGCAGCGACGAAGACUCCGAUCAGUACAGCGACAUGUCGGACAAAGCGCGCGGCGGGCUGAGGCGCGGCCAGCGGCAGCAGGUCAACUACCGGGAGACGUCAGAGUCGUCAGACAAUUCGCGGACAUCUGCCAAAAAGAAAGAAGUGAGACAGCGCGGACGGCCGCGUAAGGAACGGUUUUCCAGCGACUACAGUGACGCAUCGUCAUCCUCACGGGACUCUGAGGAUGAGGAUGAAGGCGAUCGGGGGAAGAGGAAGCGAGAGAAGCAGCGAAGACAAAGAGAAGAGGAUGACGUCUGCGCUCGCCGCUCCAAAGCCAAGCAAAGGCGACACGACCGAGAGGAGGAAGAGGAGGAGGAAGAGGACGACAGCCAGGCCAGAAAGAAAAGGCGUCGACGGAGAACUUCGGAAGAAGACGAGGACGAAAGGAGGGACGUCCGGCGGACGGGUAAAGAGGACGAUGACCCGGAGAAGAUGGGCAGAGGGAAGAGACGGGAGAUGUUGUCCCAACAGCGGCGUAAGCGUUUGGCUCAGAUGCUGAAGAAGCGAAGACCUUCCAUGGACGAAGAUGAGGACGAGUCCGACGAAUCGGAGUCCUCCUCUGAGGAGGACCGACCCAUCCGCAAAAGACUCAACCGCAUUGACUCAGACGAGGAGGAGGAGGAUUCGGAGGAGACGAAAGACGACAGUGACGCUGGGGACGAGGAGCGAGGAGGACAAAGCGAACACGGGAGCUCUGAGGGGGCCGCACGCGGCGGCGCGCCCCGGGACGCUGCAGCGGCGGGUGGGCAGGACAAACACAACGGCCCCUUGCACGCCGAGGAAGAAGGAGAGGAGGACAAAGAGGCCAAGUCAGACUCGUUAAACUCUGUCCACAACAGUCCGCACUCGUGAUCCGUUCUUCGUCGCUUCUGCUUUCUAAACCCGGGGUUCCCAAACUUUAUAGGUCCAGGGGAGACGUUUUCACAAAGCUUUCGCUGAGCUUUUAACAAUUGUAAUUAGUUUAUUAAGUUUGUUUAUUGGUCGACCGGUCCCUACUUGUUGGUAAACACUUUGUAAAAUGGUACAACAUAAUUUAAUGCAAAUUAUUUCACCAACCACCAAGCUACAAGAACGCUACUUCCAGCAAUCCCCUCCAUGCAAACAAACACCCUGCAGGUUGUUGUGACCAUAAAAAAACCGGCAGGUGAUCACACGAUUAUCACGGACCUGACUCUCCCCUCGAGCCUCGCUUUCCUUCUCGCAGCACUCGUUCAAUGGCCCCGGCCUCCGCACUCUGGAUCGCCUGACUUGAAGUGACUUUUCGACACUGCUGUACAUAGCGUGUGGCCCGGCCGUGCACUUUCUCUUUGUAAAAUAAUAGAUGUUGCAUUUUAGUCCACUUGUAAAAUAUAGUGUUCUAUUUUCUCAAUGAAGGAGGAGGAAUGUUGCGGUGGUCGGUGGAGGCCCAGUUUGACACGCUGAGACAGACUCCUUAAAAAGCGGAGAGGAUAGAUGCCACCCCCCGACGGCCAUAAAGAUGUCAGGUAGAAGGGGAGCUCUCAUUUCACUUUGCAUUAGUCUGGACGGUAAAUUUCCAUUUGAGCAUUCAGUAAUUAUCACUCAAGCUCAGGCUUUAAAAAAUUACAUAAUUGCGACACCCCCUUUCAAUGUUUUGGUUUUAAUACGCAAUUGUUUUUUUUGAGGUCAUCUUCCCAUGGACACUGUGGUGUCAAUUUUGGUUGACAGCAGGUGGCAGUACAGGACAAAAUGGCAGGCCCCUGAGGCUAAAAUCAGGUGGUUUUUUUUGGUCUAAUUCAUAUUCUACAAAUAUUAAUCAUUAUACCAUGUUUAGACUAGUGGGGGCGCAAAUAAUUGGGAAAAAAAAUGACUUCCAUAUUACGGUCCCAUGUUGUACUAGUAUGAGCUUUGUCCUCACUACUAAGGCAAUCAACAAACUUGUCGAACAACUAUAUGAUACUAGUCUGUGUGCUAGUUCAGCUUCACUCCGAGAACUAAUAGCACACUGGUGUCAACUAGUGCAGUAUUGCCUCACUAGUAGCAUGCAGUUGUCCUUAAAGUGGUUCACGCUAGAUAUUGAAGAAAGGCUCAAAUGACGUUCCAUACGAGCUCUAAGGAUGUUUAUACUAUCUUUUUUUUUUUUUUUUUAACAAGCCGCAGCAAUAGCUUGGCUUACAGAAAGAUGUCCCACUGGAAUGAAAUGUAAAUAACUGCAAUUAUUUGUCGCAGGAAAAAAAAAAAAAAGCCAGUGCUGUAGUUACUGUAUAUUCAAUACCCAAAGUUCUUGGAACAUCAUUUGUGCUUGUUAAUGCUCUUAGCUUGGUAAAGUCAAGCCAAAACGAAAUGAUGGGAGUCACUUCCUCUGGCCACUAAAUGUAGAUUCUCUGCAUCUCAUAUUUUAUAUUCAAGCUGCAGGUUUUACGGAUGCUGUUUUUUUUCUACCGUUUUUGUUAUAGAGAAUUCACUUUGUCGCCUAGGUGUGAACAAAUCCCCUGACUCUGAAUCAGACAGAAAAGAAAAAAAAAGUG